UUUUGCACUUUGCAUGGAAACGCAGCGAAGAUACAUUUGUGCUUAAAGGAAUUUUAGCCCUUGUGUGUGUUUAUAUGCGUGUGAAGAGAGAGAGAGAGACACGCACACACACAGAGAGAGAGAGAGAACGGAAAUCGGACGGUGUUCCGGUGUAAAGGGUCAGGAGUGUUUUGCAGUGAAGAGUUUCCCUGGAGGAAUCAGUCGGUCAAGUAUCGGAGUUGCUUGAACGUAAGGAAUGCAUAACAGAAGAACACAAAGGCAUGAGAGAAUAGCAAAUGAACAAACGUUAUGCUGCAAAUUAACUGAAGCUGGCGUUUAAUCACCGCUAAAUCCAGUAUGUGUGAGGUCCAGGCCACUGUGGAAUUUGCUGUAGAGCUCCACAAGUUUUACAAUGUGGAUUUAUUCCAGAGAGGGUUUUAUCAGGUCCGUGGCUAUAUGAAAGUACCCCCUCGGAUCCCUCACAGAAUAGAGACCAGUCUUCUUCAUCCCACAAAUUCAGACAUGGGUAUCCCUGCAUCGGUGCAAGGUGAUGUCAUCUACAGCAAAACCUUUCAAAUUCUCUACAAGAAUGAAGAAAUAGUAGUCAAUGAUGUUCUCAUAUUUAAGGUGAUGAUGCUACUAGAUGAGAGGAAGGUGGAAGAGUCCCUGAAUGAUAUGGAUUUUCAGCUCUCUCUGGACCUGUAUUUUGCAGACGGUGACUACAUGCCGGAGGAUUCUAGGUCACUGCAGAGUAUCAGCAGUCGGACUUUGCGAUUGCAUUUUGGUCUCCACAGAGGCAUGCACCAGCACAUCAACGUUAUGUUUGACUACUUUCACUUAUCGAUCAUCUCUGUCACCAUCCACGCCUCUCUGGUGGCACUGCAUCAACCCCUCAUUAGUUUCCCCCGGCUUGGGAAAAGCACCUGGCUAAACCGCAGUGUACCAGCACAGGGCAAAGACCUCCUGAUCCCUCCACUGGAGACUGUGGUAUUUGGCUGUACCUAUGUCAAGCAGCUGUCUCCAGAUGGCAAGACCUUCCUGGUGUCAGAUCAGUGUCUACAGCAUGCCUUCAACUUGCACCAUAGCCUGUGUGCCAGCUUGUUGCUGGCCUACCAGGGCCUCUUUGAGUACUUCAUGGCUCUUAGCAAGAGCCUCCCUUCCUCUCACUGCAUGGAGCUUGCCAAGCCCAGCAUGCAAGUCCUUUAUGAGCGAGUUCUAAGAAGACCUUUUCCCAGAGGCCAAAGGCACAUCCAUAUAGAAAAACUGGAUGUGGAAGCCCGUCUCCAUGAGCUUUGCGAACAUGUCAAGCAGAAGGCAGAGAGUCCAGAUGAACUUGCUGAACUAAUUAAUAUGAAUCUUGCACAAUUGUGCUCUCUGCUGAUGGCUCUGUGGGGCCAGUUCCUGGAAACAGUCUCCCUGAAUGACAGUGUCAUGGCACUAUUGGCCCAAGAACAUCAUAUCCUCAGGGUACAGAGAUUUUCUGAGGCUUUCUUUUGUAUGGAACACCCUAGACAGGCUGCACUGGCCUUCCAGGAGAUGCAUGCACAUAGCCACCAACAGAUGACUGGAGUCAUUAAGAACUCAUCAUACUUUCUUUCCCUACCACCACUUCCUGUGGAAUGUGCUGAACUAGAUGGGGAUGUCAACUCUUUGCCAAUCAUCUUUGAAGAUCGCUACCUGGAAUCUGUCAAAGAGGAUCAUGAUGGUCCAUGGUUUGGUCUACCCAACCCCAAGAGUGGCUCUGGACCUACUAAAACAGAUAAGCCCAUUUUAAAAGACGUCUGUGUUGGCAGAGUAAGUGCUGUCAAUCCUUACCCAGAACUCCAAGCUGCUUUAGUCACUAACUGGCACAAGGAAAAUGAGCCUCCUAUAAAAUCCAAGGCCAGGUCCAUCAAACUAAGGAAGAACUCCAGGACUGAAAACUCUAAAAAGCUGAUCAGACAGUGCUCAAAAGACUCUGUGAUUUUGACAGGCUACAAGAACCUAAAGUUCCUUCAUGAUGAACCAGAUGACAAGUCCCAAGGAGACUUUCAGUGCAGUCAGAAAGAGAAACAAGAAUAUUUGCUUGGAGAUCCCAGCAGCAGGUUAAGCUCCAUGUCCAAAUACAUCAAUCAUAAUGACACUAGAACUUCCCCUAUAGAACGUCUUAUGAAUAACAGCCAGGCUAACACUAGCAUUCAAAGUGACAGUUUUACAAAUCUGAUAAAUUCACAAGUACAGGCAGGUACUAGAACUGAAGCCACAGAGGUCAAAGCAACAGAGGGAGCCCAUAUUAUGGUCUUACCUCCUGGGCUCCAACAUACUGAGGUCAAACCUAGUGACAAGAACCCCGACCAGUGUGAUAAGGUCACUGUCGUAUUUUCAAGCCCCAGUGAUCCAACACUGACAAGGGGAAGCAUUCCAGAGAAUACGCAAAAUGAUUGCUGUGAGUCCAAGCCUCAACAUAGAGGGAAUUGUGCUAACAGGGAGGUCAUGGAUGUGGGGCCAGAUUGUACUAAUACACUGAGGAAUUAUUGUUUACCAAGUGCAUCAUCAAGACUCUCGGAUUCAGGCAUUGAGAGUGAGCCUAGUUCCACUACAUUGUUAGUACAAGGUCCUCAAACUGUUUCCAAUUUUUCUGAAGUGAAUCUAGACUGGGUCUCAUCACAAGUUAAACAGAUCACUACUAAAUAUCAGAGCGUUGCCCUCAAACCAUCUCAUCUCAGUAUUGUUUCAAAAGGGUCCAAUGGACCAGAAGGGCCAAAUCCUGAGAUUACUAGUGGUGUAUGUGGCAUACAGUCUUCACUAACCUCCAUAAAUUCACUUCCCUUAGAUGAUGAGGUGGAGGCUGAGGUUCCAUGCCAAUUAUCCAGUGUCAUUGUGCAGGAGCAGGCUUUGGUUUUCUCUGAUAGAUCUGACAUUAGUAUCCCUUUCCAUGCCGCCAGCCCAACCAAGUCCUUAGUUCACCAAGAAGCCUCCACCUGCCAUGUGGAUGAUCCAGUGUUUCAGAGAGAUGAGGCUUCUGUAUUUCUGUCCCUCUGCAAAGUUUUUGCUUCUCAGAAGAUAUCUGAGUCUGCUAAGCUUGGAACCCCUGUUGGGGAAGAUAUAGGGCUGGAAGUUGGCAGUGAUAUGCAUACUGCAGCACAAUCUAGUACAUCAGCCACCAGUAGUACAGACUUGGUAAAGAAAGGCUUAGUGGAGAAUUAUUUUGGUUCAUAUUCCAGCACUGAUAUUUCUGAGAUAAGCCCAGAGGAAACGCCAGUUAUUAUGUUGGGCAUUCAGACAGGUGUCCAUUCCACUGAAGAAGAAGAUGAGAAAAACCAUGAGAUGAUAGAAAAUGGCUAUUAUGAAGAAACCGAUCAGCAACCCUAUGUCAAUGGUCUGGCAGAAUUGAAGGGAAGAAGCGAAGAGGGGAAUGGCAUGGGGACCUCAGAAUCUAAGAGCACUUUUUAUGGGCAUAAGAAUUUGGAGCAGCUCAGGAAUUUCCCCUGGACCUACUUGCAAACUCAACCCUCCAAACCACUACAGACCAGUACAGUUCUGCACUGGUACGAGAGCUCCCCUCCUGCCCAGAUGAAAGUAUUUGCCCAAGCAAGAGAGGAGCUGAAGAAGCUUAAACUGCCAGGAUUCCUGUACAGUGAAGUGGCUGAGUUGGCAUCAACUGUGCCAUAUUUUAGCCUGGAUGAGGAUGAGAGCUGUGAUGUGGGUGUUCACCUCAUUGUGUGUGUCCAUGGCCUGGAUGGAAACAGUGCAGAUUUAAGGUUGGUGAAGACCUACCUAGAGCUGGGCUUGCCUGGAUCUCAUAUAGACUUCUUGAUGUCAGAGCGCAACCAGAAUGACACUUUUGCUGACUUUGAUUCUAUGACUGACCGGCUUUUGGAUGAAAUUGUACAAUACAUACAAAUCUACAAUCUCUCAGUUUCUAAAAUAAGCUUUGUGGGUCAUUCUCUGGGAAAUCUGAUAGUGCGCUCGGUGUUGACGAGGCCUAGGUUUAAGGGCUAUCUUAACAGACUUCAUACCUUCCUUUCAUUGUCUGGGCCACAUCUUGGCACCCUCUACAACAGCUCAGCCCUCGUCAAUACCGGACUAUGGUUCAUGCAAAAAUGGAAGAAGUCUGGUUCACUACUGCAGCUAACUUGCCGUGAUCACUCAGACCCUCGGCAGACAUUUCUCUAUAAGUUAAGCAAGAAAGCUGGUCUUCAGUUUUUUAGAAAUGUGGUGCUGGUAGGCUCUCUGCAAGACCGUUAUGUUCCCUAUCAUUCCGCUCGCAUUGAGAUGUGCAAAACAGCCUUAAAAGACAAGCAGAUGGGGCCAGUGUAUGCUGAGAUGAUUGAGAAUUUACUAGUACCUGUGCUCCAGAACAAAGACUGUAACCUGGUGCGCUACAAUGUUGUGCAUGCACUGCCCAACACAGCCAACUCUUUAAUAGGCCGGGCAGCCCACAUUGCUGUUUUGGAUUCUGAAAUAUUCUUGGAGAAGUUCUUCCUGGUAGCUGGGCUAAAGUUCUUUCAGUAGCUGGUUAGGACAGAAAAUGAUAGCACAAAUACCUCCCACCAUUGAAAAAGACAUUGUCAAUGCCCUGUCAUCUCUCAAUGGCCUAUAUUUUGUUCUUAAUAUUUAGUUUUUAUUCAGCUCAUUUUAAAUGUAGUAUUCAUAAUUUGAAUGUUUGUAUUGCCAUUUUUAAAAAUAAUUAUAUUUAGUAUUCUGUUCAUCAUGAAAAUAGUUAAUUGUACAUGUCUUACAUGUUUUCAGUGCUAUUUAAGUUAAACACUUCAAUAAAAUAAGAUAAAAUAAUAAUAAAAAAAAUUUUUAUGUCUAAUGGGGUGGGUGGUGGGUUUGAAUUUGUUUAGUUAAACCUUGUUGAUACUGAACUGGAAAUUUAGCUGCUUAAUUGGCAUAGCUUCCUCAAGGGCCACUUUUGUUGUGAAUGCUCAUGUUCAACAGAACUUAAACAUAUCAGGAGUAUCUGCUAUCCAAACUGCAUUAGAUAUUUUUCAAUCAGUAGUCAUUUAAGUCCAUGCAUUUUGUUGAAACAGCCUAAAACUUUGCUGUGGAUUUAUGUAAUGUUUUGCUCAGCCAUUGCAAUGUCAUGCACACGACAUUAUCCCAACCUUGUGUUGGGUAAAAUAACGUAGCAUGUUAAAAUUUUACAUGGUGUCCACAUUUAAGUUAUUUUAAUUUGUUUCAGUUGAGUAUAACAAAUUCUUGUUAGAUAUUAUUUUGUUUUUGUUCAAGAAAACUGAGUUUCAUUUGUUACUGGGUGCUAAUUUAUGCUUGUAAACAAGAAAUUGUAAGCAAGAAAUGUAAAUGAAAUGUCAAUUUUAUUAUUCACUAAAAUGUUUUUUAUAAUGGACCUAAGCAUCAUUAAAUGAAUCAUAUUAAA